AUGUCUGAACGCUUGGCCGGUUCUGUUAAAUGGUUUAACGAUGAGAAAGGAUAUGGCUUUAUCGAGCAGGAUGAUGGUGGUGAGGACUUGUUCGUUCACUUCAGAGCAAUUGAGACAUCAGGCUUUAAAGCACUCAAAGAGGGGCAGAAGGUAUCAUACGAAAGAGUUCAGGGGACCAAGGGCGCUCAGGCGGAUAAAGUCCGUGUUGAGGAGUAG